UUGACUCUGCUAAUUUGGACUCUGCCCAUUUUCGAGUUGGACCUCGGCAGCACCAGGACAUGGAACUCGUGGCUUGGCUCUUAAUACGGAGCGUAUGGACAGGUCCACGUUCCCUCAUUUAGGUGCUAAGGGAUGUCACUUGUGGACAUUACCUCUGACUGAGAAUCGGUGCCGAAGUCACUGGCAGAGCUGGCCGUGACCCCAGGCUCCUAGCUCGAAUAAAGCCUCCACGUCCAGCCACUUGGUCCAGCGACCACACUACUCGGCUGUCUUAAUGAUGGGCAUUGGCAAGAAUACUACAUCCAAGUCCAUGGAGGCGGGGAGUUCCACAGAAGGCAAAUACGAAGAUGAAGCCAAGCACCCGACUUUCUUCACUCUGCCGGUGGUAAUCAAUGGAGGGGCCACAUCCAGUGGUGAACAGGACAAUGAGGACACCGAACUCAUGGCCAUCUACACGACAGAAAAUGGCAUUGCUGAAAAGAGCUCUCUGGCUGAGACCUUGGACAGCACCGGCAGCCUGGACCCCCCACGCUCCGACAUGAUCUACACCAUAGAAGAUGUCCCUCCCUGGUACCUCUGCAUUUUUCUGGGCUUGCAGCACUACUUGACCUGCUUCAGCGGCACCAUUGCGGUCCCAUUCUUGUUGGCCGAUGCCAUGUGUGUGGGCUUCGACCAGUGGGCCACCAGCCAGCUCAUCGGGACCAUCUUCUUCUGUGUGGGGAUCACCACUCUGCUGCAGACCACAUUUGGAUGCAGGUUACCCCUGUUUCAGGCCAGUGCUUUUGCAUUUCUGGCCCCUGCUCGAGCCAUCCUGUCUUUAGAUAAAUGGAAAUGUAACACCACAGAUGUUUCAGUGGUUAACGGAACAGCGGAACUGUUGCACACAGAACAUAUCUGGUACCCCCGGAUCCGAGAGAUCCAGGGGGCUAUCAUCAUGUCCUCGUUGAUAGAAGUGGUCAUUGGCUUCCUCGGCAUGCCCGGAGCUUUGCUGAAGUAUAUUGGACCCCUGACCAUCACACCUACAGUGGCCCUCAUCGGUCUCUCCGGUUUCCAGGCAGCAGGAGAACGAGCUGGGAAGCACUGGGGCAUUGCCAUGCUGACAAUUUUCCUAGUAUUACUGUUUUCUCAAUAUGCCAGAAAUGUCAAGUUCCCCCUCCCAAUUUACAAAUCCAAGAAAGGAUGGACUGCCUACAAGUUACAGCUCUUCAAAAUGUUCCCUAUCAUCCUGGCCAUUCUUGUGUCCUGGCUACUCUGCUUUAUCUUUACGGUGACCGACGUAUUCCCACCUGACAGCAGCAAGUACGGCUUCUACGCUCGCACAGAUGCCCGGCAGGGGGUGCUGCUGGUGGCCCCGUGGUUUAAGGUCCCCUACCCGUUUCAGUGGGGACUGCCCACGGUGUCUGCGGCCGGUGUCAUCGGCAUGCUGAGUGCAGUGGUGGCCAGUAUCAUCGAGUCCAUUGGGGACUACUACGCAUGUGCCCGUCUCUCCUGUGCCCCGCCACCUCCCAUCCACGCCAUCAACAGGGGGAUCUUCGUGGAGGGUCUCUCUUGUGUUCUGGAUGGCGUAUUUGGUACUGGCAACGGCUCCACUUCCUCCAGUCCCAACAUUGGUGUUUUGGGAAUUACUAAGGUGGGCAGUCGCCGAGUGAUCCAGUACGGGGCCGCCUUCAUGCUGGCCUUGGGCAUGAUCGGCAAGUUCAGCGCCCUCUUCGCCUCCCUCCCAGACCCCGUGCUCGGCGCCCUCUUCUGCACCCUCUUCGGCAUGAUUACGGCUGUUGGUCUCUCAAACCUGCAGUUCAUCGAUUUAAAUUCCUCCCGGAACCUCUUUGUGCUUGGCUUCUCCAUCUUCUUUGGACUCGUCCUUCCAAGUUACCUCCGACAGAACCCCCUUGUCACAGGAAUCACAGGAAUUGAUCAGGUGUUGAAUGUUCUUCUCACAACUGCGAUGUUUGUAGGAGGCUGUGUGGCUUUUGUUUUGGAUAAUACCAUCCCAGGUACUCCAGAGGAGAGAGGGAUCAGGAAAUGGAAGAAGGGUGUGAGCAAAGGCAGCAAGUCCCUCGAAGGCAUGGAGUCCUAUGAUUUGCCAUUCGGCAUGAACAUUAUUAAAAAAUACAGAUGCUUCAGCUACUUGCCCAUCAGCCCCACCUUCGUGGGCUAUACCUGGAAAGGCCUCCGGAAGAGCGGCACAGGCCGGAGUUCAGACGAGGACUCUCAGGCCACGGUAUAGCCGUGGCUUGGCCUGUGGCCCGGCCGCAGUGGGGCACCUUUUGGUAGUUCCUUGCUGAGUAACAAGCAGUAGCAUUUCUAUUUGUAUAUCUGCAUUUCCAUCCUGCACCCCAAGGCUCUGACUUUCCACGUAGCUUUUCUGUUGUGGGUGGUGAUCGUGUCUAUACUGUAUCUCAAGCCUCUCCUUAUUUAAGCCCUCGUCCCUUGCCCCCUCACGUGGGAGCAUCCGUCGCUGGCCGUGGUCGCUGAACUUGAAGUUCCUGUCCUCCUGUGGGCGUGGAUGCUUGGCAUCCACAGUGCGUCCUUAUCCUCAGCACCCCUCACCCUCUCCCAUGCUGUCUGUGCUGACUUUCCUACACGCUGCCUCCAGGGUUCAGGGCUUUCUGUCCCUGCUGCUGUUUUUUUUUUUUUUUAUUUUAUUAUUAUUUUUUUUUAUUAAACUUCAGUCCACGCCAGAGACAUCCUCAGGCUAAAGGGGACCUCUCUGGUUACAGUGAGGACAGUAACUGACGGGUCAGUUUUCGGUCUGUUCCUUGGCUGUCCUAUAGGAGGAGCCAUUCACUUCAUUGGGAAAUCAUGCCAUGAGGAACCCACGCCUCGCUGAGGUCUGUGCAGGCACCAUCCUGCACAGUGGAAGUCUGUUUGGGGGACUGGAGAAGCAGUUGCUUGGAGUUCAGGGCUGGUUGUCAACUGCUCUUUCUAGUGCCACUUUGGGCCAGACUGGCCUCAUUUUCAUUUGUAGCCAAGCCAUUUUCUGGCAUCUCAUUCUGGAUGUGUUUGAUGUGAACGGAGUGCCACAGGGAGGCACCUAUGGGCGUUUAGGAGAGUCUCAGCUCAGCUGUCAUGUGGAUGUCAGUAAUUGUUGCUCGUGUCUCUCAACUACAGCUGUAUUCCUGUUUAACGUCAUCGAUGGUAGCAGAGUUUUGAAAUCAGUGUUUUUGUUUUUAUUUUUUCUACGUGACCCUCUUACCUUGUGUCUACCCCUCACUUGUCCUCCCACCCCCACCCCUAAGCCCCCAUCAAGAAAAGAACCAGCAUUUGUAGAAGCUGUGGACAUCAUCAGGGAAGCUUGUUGUCAUGGCUUUUGAAGGCCAGUAACCAUUAUUGUGGUUGUGUUUUUGUAUUGCUCAAUACCAUGAAAGUGUAAAUACUGUUAACGCUUAAUCUAUUUAUCAAAACUGACUACUUUUACGAGAGCCCUGAAACCAUGGGCUGUGACAUUCUAUCUAUGUGAAUUUGUCUUGUGAUGACAAAGACUAGGAGUUGGGGAAUCUGUCUGGAAUGGCCCCGGGCAUCCUGGAAGUCUUCCACUGCAGGUCGACUCUGGAUUACUGAGCUGUAGAGCCACUGGAUUUCGAUAUCUGCAGAGGGGGAGAUUCCCUGGUCAGACACCCUGGUCAGAUACGGCUUUUACUCCUUAAAAUGAUAAGAGCAUAUUGUGGUGAAAUACAGCAGAAUCCACCUGAGUUCUAAUGAAUAACACUAAGUUAUUGGGGGUGGGGUGGGGAUGGGAAAUGAUCUCUGUUGAACUUGGUUUGGAAUGUUUCUGGCCACAGGGGGCUCAGGAGACACAGAGGCCAGACCUCCUCCAGGUCAUGUAUUGUUGGGCCGGGCUCCAGCCUUCAGCGGCAGAGGGCAUUCUAGGCGUCUCCUGCACUCUGGGUGUUCGCUGCCUGUCCAGCAUUGGGAUGCCUUUGGCAGCGUUCUAGUGUCACUCCAGCUUCCUGGGCUCCCAGAAAGUACAUUUCAAGGUUUAUUCUGGCAAGAACACUUUAAAACCACUGCACUGUUUUGCCAAGAGCUGCGAGACCUUUGCAGAUGGAGUCAAGAACUUAGAUUCUGAAUAGUAUUUAAUUUCACAUGUUUUCUUGUUCUUCCUUUUCUUUUCUUUUUUUCUUUUGGAAGUGUAUUCAAAACGUUGUUACUUUAGGGACACACUGGUUAAGACUUUUGUCCCUUUAACCUCCGUCCUCCCUUAAGCCUCCCAACUCACUUGGUGGGCUGGCUCUCUGUCCUUUCUGUUCGUACUUGGCUCAAUACUUCCAAUUUCUUCUCUUUACAAAAUAGAGGGAAAGGCUGGAGCGACAGUACAGUGAGUAGGGUGCUAGCCUUGUACGUGCCAACGUUCAAUCUCUAGUACCUUUAUGAUCCCCUUAGUGAUUCCUUAGUUCAGAGCCAGGAGUAACCCCUGAGCACAGCCGGAUGAGCCCCCAAGCCCCCAAAAAAUAAGGAAAGGAAACGUUGAGCAGCCUGGAGACUGGCAGUAUUCUUGCUUUCUAGGGGGAACCAAAGGAUCAGGUCAUGCAUUCAGGGUCGCAUCCCUGCUACAAAGGCCCAGAAACUCCAGCCCAUAGUCCUGUGCCUGUGGAAUUUUGAAAUAUUUUAACUGGGGAGCUGAAGGAGAUGGGGGUCUGCAAGGAAUCCCACAUGGGAGUAGAUUCUAGACUUCCUCUGCCACCAGUAUCCCCCAAAUGAGGAAUCCCCUCUAUAGUCUCUAUCUAGGGAAGGGCAGCCUGGUGCAUGGCCUAUGACACUCGCCUUUGCUCAUAG